CGGAGUGCGAGCCUCAUUUCGUGCCUGUCGUCCGAACCUGACCUGCUCUGUUCCCGCCAGCUUCAUUUCCGCUCCUCCUAGUGCAGCCGGGCGAAAGCUCCGUCGACGACCCCGAGGACGAGGUCUUUCAGGGCUCCGCGUCUCGCACGUUACAGAUACUCGGCGUCGGCAAGAUUGCCUCGCGCUAAGCAAUAGAGCGAGAAGAGGGGAAGUACGCGACGGGAGUCGGCCGCGCGCAUUCUUGAUUCGAUCACGCCAACCUCACCUCUACCACAGAUAGCAACGCACAGCCCGCAUAGACCUCCCACGCGAGUGCCAGAGCAGAGUUCUGGAAAUAUUUUCAUAAGUACGCUUAUCGAUGACCAUGGCAGAAAAGAAGCGCCCAAAUUUCCUCAUCAUCCUAGCAGACGACCUGGGGUUCAGCGACAUCGGAUGCUUCGGCGGGGAGAUCGAAACACCACAUCUCGAUAAGCUCGCCCAAAAAGGCAUCCGCUUCACCGACUUCCACGCCGCAGCAGCAUGCUCACCCUCCCGAGCCAUGCUCAUGACCGGCACAGACCAUCAUAUAGCCGGCCUAGGCAACCUCAUCGAGUGGACCAAUAUCUCCGGCCAGAACGAUCCGAGUGGCAAGAUGUCGACUGCCCCUCAGAGAGGGAUGCCGGGAUAUGAAGGGUAUCUGAAUGAACGUGUUGUCGCUGUGAGCGAGGUUCUGCAGGAUAACGGCUACGCAACUCUCAUAUCGGGAAAGUGGCAUUUGGGACUCACGCCUGAUCGUUCGCCGAAAGUACGAGGGUUCGAUAAAUCUUUUGCGCAUUUACCUGCCUGUAGCAAUCACUAUGCCUACGAGCCUCAGCUUGAAAAAGCCGCAGGGGACAAAAUCCCCGACUUCAUGACGAUGUCAUUCAUCGCGCUGCACUCCGAGAAUGGCGAGUACGUGCGCAAACUCACGGAUGGCUGGUACUCUAGCAAUGGCUACGGUGACAAGCUUAUCUCGUACCUCAAGGAAUGGCGCGCUGAAAACCCAAACGAUGAAAAACCAUUCUUUGCGUAUCUUCCAUUUACCGCACCACACUGGCCACUCCAGGCGCCGAAAGAAUUCAUAGAUAAGUAUCGAGGCGUAUAUGAUGAGGGGCCGGACGUGCUCCGCGAGAAGAGGUUGAAGAAGUUGAAGGAGCUGGGCAUGAUCAAAGAGGAUGUAACGCCGCACCCAGUUGUCGCAGACGAAGUCAAGGCGUGGUAUGAGAUGUCGGAGUUUGAGCGCAAGAUGUCUAGCCGCGCUAUGGAAUGCUUUGCGGGGAUGGUGUCGUGCAUUGACUACAACGUCGGUCGCGUACUCGAUCAUCUUGAGGAGACUGGCGAGCUAGACAACACUUUUGUGUGCUUUAUGAGCGACAAUGGAGCGGAGGGCGCCGCAUACGAAAGCUAUCCCAUUGUCCAAGGCCAGAUGAUGGGGCAUCUGCAGAAAUACUACGACAAUAGCUAUGAGAACUUGGGAAAUGGGAAUAGCUUCAUUUGGUACGGCCCGCGCUGGGCACAGGCCGCUACUGCGCCGAGUAGAUUAUACAAAGCCUAUACCACAGAAGGUGGCGUCCGCGUUCCCUUCCUCGCUAGAUUUCCCACCGACACCCUCGACGCAAGUAAAGUCAACAGCAUCACCGACAACUUCGCGACUAUCAUGGACAUCAUGCCGACAAUCCUUGAUAUGGCUGGCGCAUCGCACCCAGCGCCGCAAUACCGUGGUCGAGAAAUCGUCUCGAUGCGCGGUAAAUCCAUGAUGCCCUUCAUCCGGGGCACCACCCCAUCCAUCCACGAAGCCGACUUCAUCCAAGGCUGGGAGACCUGCGGACGCGCCGCCGUCCGCAAGGGCGACUUCAAAAUUGUUUUCAUCCCCAAGCCUCGCGGGACAGAAACGUGGCAGCUGUACAAUCUCAAGUCAGACCCGGGCGAGGUGUUCGACCUCGCUGGAAAAGAAGAGUACAAGGCCGUGUUUGAGGAGUUGAUGCAGCUGUGGGAGCAGUACGUGCUAGAGACGGGGGUCGUGCCGUUGGCCCCGGAGCUGGGAAGGUGGCUAGCUGCUAUGGAUGAACAGAUGGUGGAGGAUGCGUGGAUUGAGUAUGAGUAUUGGAAGGAGGGGGCGAGGGAGGAGCCGAAGAGGUUUAUGAAGACGCCUUGGCGGUAUCAAGGGGAGAGAAAGGUGGAACAGAUCUGA